UUCAUUCAAAGGAAGUCUGGGGAAAAGAUUUGUGGGAGCAGAUAUGGGAGAUGGUACAUCAAAAUGAGGUAACAGUCUUUCAUGUUGAUGCUCACUGCAAUACUGACUCAUUGGAUCGUCUGUUUAACUCUGUUGCAGACGAGAAAGCCAAGAUCUCAGAGGCGUCUGUUGAAAAUUCUAACUCACUUUUGGGAUUGGCUACUUGGGCCCAUCAGAAAUGUGGACACUUGGGAGAGAAAGCCACUCACAGGCGAAGCUCAUUGGUCCGGCUGUUAUUGUGAUGACUGUGCUUACUCUACACCCUUUGGUCGGCUCAGAUACCAACAAUGAGAUUGGAGGUUGGGACCAGAGUGAUUCCGCAGAGAUGAGAUGGAAAAAGAUCGAAAUAAGAGUAACCUGCCUGACCAUUAACUGUCCAAACAUGAGAGCGAACCUCUAUGGAGAAGGCUAUUUUAGCCACAAUGAAACUGAGUCAAUUACCUAUAUUAAGUUACCAAAUGAAUCAUUUGGUUUGUUAACGUUAGAAUCUACAACGCCCUUUGGCUGCCGCAUACUGUAUACGCCUGUAAGCUCUAAUAUUUCUUCAGAAGAACUUACCCAAUAUUGGGUAAGUUAUGCAAACCAGCAGAGCACAAAGCGAACCUACACUAUUACAGAGAAUAGUGGAUGGAAUUUUGAAUAUUUUAAUGGGACAGAAAAUGAUGAAAAAAGGACAGAAGACAGGUGGAAAUAUGUUAUGGGAGAAAGUGAGGUUAAAACUAUAAGUCGGGGGGCGUGGCUAACUGCGGAGCAAGAUGGCCGCAUGAAAAUUUGCUCCGGCAUCAGGACACCUAAUCUAAUGCAAUCCUAA